GUCGACCCGGUUCCCCUCAGCUUCUCCCCGAAGGGCAGCGGGGACAGGGCCCCGUCUUCUGUGCAUCCUCCUCCCGGAAGAGCCAUGGAGAGGCCGCCGGGCGCCAACGGAGCCGUCCUCUCCCUCCUGUCCCUCCUCCUGCAUCUCGCCAGCGCCUCUGACAUCCCGCUCUCAGUUCAACAGGUUCCGACCAUCACGAAGCAGUCCAAGGAGCAAGUCGCCUUUCCCUUCGAUGAAUAUUUUCAAAUCGAGUGUGAGGCCAAAGGCAAUCCGGAGCCACGAUUUACGUGGACGAAAGACGGCAAGCCCUUUGACUUCUCCGACCCUCGGAUCAUUGCCUCUAACAACUCGGGAACCUUCCGGAUCCCAAACGAGGGGCAGAUAGCUCACUUCCAAGGGAAAUACCGCUGCUUCGCUUCCAACAAGCUGGGAGUGGCGAUGUCGGAAGAAAUAGAAUUCAUAGUUCCCAAUGUUCCGAAAUUCCCCAAAGAGAAGAUCGAGCCCCUGGAAGUGGAGGAAGGAGACCCCCUGGUCCUGCCCUGCAACCCGCCCAUGGGGCUGCCCCCGUUGCACAUCUACUGGAUGAACAUCGAACUGCAGCACAUCCAGCAAAGCGAGAGGGUGUCCAUGAGCCAGGCGGGGGACCUGUACUUUGCGAACGUGGAGGAGCACGACAGCCGGAACGACUACUGCUGCUUCGCGGCCUUCCCCAGGCUGAGGACCAUCGUGCAGAAAAUGCCCAUGAAGCUGACCGUCAACAGCUUAAAGCAUGCUAACGACUCGCGUUCAUCCUCAGAAACCGGUCCUCGGGCAAAUUCCAUCAAGCAGAGGAAGCCCAGCCUGCUGCUGCCUCCGGCCGCGAAGGGCCCCAAGUCCGAGGUCACCGUCCUCCGGGGGGACACGCUGGUGCUGGAGUGCUUCGCCGAAGGCCUGCCAACGCCACAGGUCGCCUGGGGAAAAGUGGGCGGCGAUUUACCGGAAGGAAGCGACAUGGAAGACAAUUACGGCAAGACGCUGAAGAUAGAGAACGUCUCCUUCCAGGACAAAGGGACUUACCACUGCAUGGCCAGCAACUUCCAUGGCGUGGCCACGCACGAUUUCUACGUCACCGUGGAAGAACCAGACAGGAGAAGCCAUUGCUGUGCACACACAGGACCCCGGGCUGCAACCGGGGCCGCGGAUCGUGCGGAGAGGAGGCGUUGGCCAGAGCCCCCUUACUGGACGAAGAAGCCCCAGAGUGGCGUAUACAGCACAGGGGCCAGUGGCAUCCUGCUGUGUGAGGCGAAGGGCGAACCCACGCCCGUCAUCCGGUGGCGAGUCAAUGGCGUCCCCAUAGAGGAAAAUCCAUUUGCCGGCGACGUGGUCUCCCCCGGAGAGGUCAGCUUCACCAACCUGCAGCCCAACCACACGGCCGUGUACCAGUGCGAGGCCUCCAACGCGCACGGCACCAUCCUGGCCAACGCCAACGUCGACGUGGUCGAUGUCCGCCCGCUGAUAGAAACCGAGGACGAGGAGAGCUAUGCCGCGGUGACGGGGGCCAGCGCCUUCCUGCGCUGCAAGUUCUUCGCCUCGCCCCCCGCCCUGGUGUCCUGGCAGAAGGCAGACGCAGCCAGGCCUCUGGAAGGCCCCCGGUACCACGUCCACGAGAACGGGACCCUGCAGGUCCUCGAGGCCACGGCGGAGGACGCGGGCGCCUACUCCUGCUGGGUGGAGAACGCGCAGGGGAAGACCGCCGUCACGGCCAGUCUGGACAUCCGCAAUGCCACGAAGCUCCAGGUCUCUCCCAGGGACCCCCGCAUCCCCCGGUCACACACGCUGGAGCUGCACUGUGAGAGCCAGUGUGACCCGCAGCUGAAGCCCAGUCUGAGGCUGACCUGGAGCAAAGGGGGCGCCGCCUUCGAGACCAACGGCACCGGGGACGGCAGGAUACUGAUCGACGGAGCCCGCCUGACCAUCUCCAACCUCAGCCUGGAGGACCAAGGCGUCUACACCUGCUCGGCUCACACAGCCCUCGACAGCGCUGCCAACGGGACUCGCGUGACCGUGCUGGACGUUCCGGAUCCCCCCGAAAACCUCCGCUUGUCGGAACGCCAGAACAGGAGCGUGCGGCUGACGUGGGACGCCGGGGACAGCCACAACAGCAACAUCAGCGAGUACCUGGUGGAGUUCGAGGGCAGCAGGGAGGAGCAGGGCCGGUGGGAGGCACUGGCGACCGUCCCCGGGGAGGAGACCACGGCGCUGCUGCCGCUGGCGCCCUACGUGCGGUACCGGUUCAGGGUCAUCGCCGCCAAUGAGGUGGGCCGGAGCCGCCCCAGCAGGCCGAGCGAGCACCACGCAACGCCUCCCGCAGCUCCAGACAAGAAUCCACAAAACAUAAGGGUUCAAGCCUCUCAGCCCAAGGAAAUGGUUAUCAAGUGGGAGCCGCUGAAGCCCCUGGAGCAGAAUGGGCCUGGGCUGGAGUACAGAGUGGCCUGGAAGCCCCUGGGCGCCCCUGGGGAGUGGGAAGAGGAGACGGUGCGGGAACACAGCCUCCGGGUGAUGACUUCGGCCGUCUACGCCCCCUACGAGGUCCAGGUCCAAGCCCUCAACCACCUGGGUGCCGGCCCCGAACCCCAGUCCGUGGUGCUCCACUCCGGGGAAGACUACCCCGACGCGGCCCCGGUGGUCCACGGCGUGGACGUGGUGAACAGCACGCUGGCGAAGGUGACCUGGUCCUCGGUGCCCAAGGACAGAGUGCACGGGCGUCUGAAGGGAUACCAGAUAAACUGGUGGAAGACGAAGAGCCUGGCGGACGGGAGGACGCUCCCCAAGGAGGUGAGCGUCCUGCGGUUCCCGGGCCAGCGGAGCUCCGGCAUGCUGCCCGCGCUGGACGCCUUCAGCGAGUUCCACCUGACCGUCCUGGCCUUCAACGCCAAGGGCGCUGGUCCUGAGAGCGAGCCCUACGUCUUCCAGACCCCGGAGGGAGUGCCCGAACAGCCAGCCUUCCUCAAGGUCAUCAAAGUGGACAAGGACACGGCCACUCUGGCCUGGGGGCCGCCCGGGAAGCUGAACGGACACCUCACCGGCUACCUGCUGCAGUACCAGAUAAUAAACGACACCGAGGAGAUCGGAGAGCUGAACGACGUCCACAUCACCGCCCCGGCCAAGGCCAGCUGGCGGCUGUCCAACCUCAACGCCACCACCAAGUACAAGUUCUACGUGAGGGCUUGCACGUCCCCGGGCUGCGGGAAGCCCGUCACGGAGGAGGCGGCCACGUUGGGAGAGGGCAGCAGAGGUGUCGGGAAGCUCCCGGAAGGAGUGAAUGCCACCGAACAGGCUCAGCCCCCCGAGGUGCCUGAGCCCGGAGCCGAACACGAGGUCCGCCUCCUGCCCAAGAACUGGGCCGGGAACAAUAGCAUUUUUGAAGAUGUGAUUGAGGCAAGAGGGAGAGAGUAUGCCGGCCUGUACGAUGACAUCGCCACGCAGGGCUGGUUCAUCGGGCUCAUGGGCGCCAUCGCCGUCCUCACCCUCGUGCUGCUGACCAUCUGCUUCGUGAAGAGGAACCGAGGCGGGAAGUACUCAGUGAAGGACAAGGAGGACCUGCACCCGGACCCAGACGUCCAGUCGGGGAAAGACGAGACCUUUGGGGACUACAGCGACAGUGACGAGAAGCCUCUGAAGGGAAGCCUCCGGUCCCUCGCGCGGGACCUGCCUGCCACGGAGAGCGCCGACAGCCUGGUGCCCUACGGGGAGGGGGACCAUGGCCUGUUCAGCGAAGAUGGGUCCUUCAUCGGCGCCUACGCGGGCUCCAAGGAGAAGGGCUCGGUGGAGAGCAACGGCAGCUCCACGGCCACCUUCCCGCUGCGUGCGUGAGUGCCACGCGUGGGCGCCACCUGUGGGAGCCACGUUCCCCCUGCGAGCGUGGCCUUUCCUGUGGAGCCACGUUCCCCCUGUGAGCAUGACCACUGCCUGUGGGAGCCACGUUUCCCCUGUGAGCGUGGCCAUUCCCGUGGAGCCACGUUCCCCCUGUGAGCAUGACCACUGCCUGUGGGAGCCACGUUCCCCUUGCCCAUGUGGCCACCAAGUGUGGGAGAGACUGUCCCCCUGCAAGUGUGACUACCACAUGUGGGAGCCACGGUCCCCCUGCCUGCGUCGCCUCCACGUGUGGGGGUUGUGUUCCUGCUGGAAUUGUGGCUGCCUCAUGUGGGCAUCAGUGGUUCCCACCCACCUCCUGUCUGUUGGCUCUCGGGCCCAGAGCGAGCACCCGGGACCCUGCACUGCCAGAGGCUUCUGGCCGGACCCCCACGCCCUGCAGCCACGCGGAGCAGACAGCACUGCCGUGAACCAGUAACAUGCGCUGAGCGCCGCGGGCCUCUCGCCGUUGGUCCGUGUUCUUUCCAGGUGCUGAACAUGCAGAACACGGAGCAGCCGUGUGUCGGUCCAUGAAUCCAAAGUGUCUGUCCUUGUGUUCCGUCCCCACCGGCCGCGUUUGCACAGACAUGGCGGCCCCGCAGGGUCCCUGUUUGCACGAGGGCGCUCCUGGCUGGGGAGCCUGGGUGAGCGCACCCCUGCAGGUUAGCAGGUAGACGGGGGAGCACCCCGGUUAUUUAAGUGUAAAGAGGAAAAUGAAUGUCUUAUGAAAAUCGUUGGUUGUCCGUAUGCAGUCAGAGUUUAUUAUUUAAGUUUAGGAGAAGUCUUAGAUGCACGGCCCGCGAGAGCUGACUGAGCGCUCUCUGCCCGGAGACCGUCCCGUUCGAGCAGCGGCCGGACUCGCUCAGCUGUGAUGCCGGCCCACAUCCUGGGGGCGUUUUGUUCUUGGACCGAAUCCAGCUGCAGAAGAAGCCGUGUCCCAGGCAAUUCCUCACACGGCCCAGGGUGGUCGCCGUGGCUCCGUGACACCUCGGCUCCCACCACGACUACCCCCCCUCCUGCUGUUCCCCUAACUGUAGCUGCAUUCAUGCUGAUGUUCACAGCAGAGGAGGUGGGGCUGGAGGGCAGAGGGAGGACACGAAAGAUGCCGUUCCCACCAUCCCAUGGCCAUGCCCGGGCCAUGUGGCUCCCUCACCCGGCUCUGCACACAGCUCCUGGAUUCUGUCUCCUCUGUGGCCUCCACCAAGGGUCUUACCGAGCAUGUCCCACAGCGAGGGAGGGAACGUCUUCAUGUUUUUUCAACAUAAGUUUUGUUGGGUAGGAGUGUGCCCCUCCAUCGUGGGCUGGCCGCGGUUGGCAUGUUCUGUGUCCUCCUGGCGAUGUCAGUGCCAGGGGAGGGGAUUCGUCUCCUUGCACGUGGGCUGCCCUUCCGUCUGAAAUUGUCCAGGAAGACGUGUAGAAAGAGACGGAGACCCGUGCAUGCGCGUCGGCGACCUGCAGUGCUCAGCUCGCAGUGUGGAAACAUCUCGCACUCAGACCCCGUCGUUGUGUCUGUGCUAAUCUGGUCCCCAGGUUCCGCCUUCCUUCCGGAGCUGUGGCUGCAGGUGUCCCUGCUCGUGAACUACCCUUGGCUUCGGUGUUCGUUGCAUCUAUCUAUCUAGCUGUCGUCUUAAACCUCGUGUGUGGUCCAAAAUGCAUGGGCAGGAAAGAAUGAGUUAAAACUGACUUAAGGGUCAGGAUCGGAGAGCCCCCUGCACCCCAAGCACGUGUUUCCAGUGGGGAGCCUUGGUCCUCGCCUUGUGUGCACCCCGAACUCUGUCCGCAUCUGGUUUCCAAGGAUCCGCUUUCCUGGAGGCGGGAUCCUCACGUGCUGACCGCUCCGGGGGAAGUCUGGUCCCCGCCUCCUGAGGAGGCCAAGGUCGUGACUCGGGAGCUUCGUUCCUUGGAGACAUUGGUUCCUGGUCUUUGACGUCAGGUCUUAAGAGAAUCACGUAAACAGGAAGCAGUCUCCGAAAAGCAUCGGGAGCUGGUUUAUGAUGAGUCAAUAAUCUCCAGUGAGAAGUCAACCCAGAGGCCAGAUAUUUCCUUUUCCGGAAUCGUUGCGCUCCCUUCGCUGGGGGACACGGAGGUCCCUUCCGAGUGGCCCAAACCAAGGGACACAGAACAUACACCAGCCUUUGGUGGCCUUUCUCGGUCUCCCCUGACCUCUCCUCCGUGCAUCUGGCCUCUUCUCCCGGGAACCCCCCCGCUCAGAAGGACUAGAUCCCAGACCGACUUUCUCGGACCCACUGCUUCUUUGAUGUCACAGGUUGUGUAUUCUCGCGAGGACUCUCGGUGGAAUGACCGAGGCUUGGGGAGAUCCCGGUUCCCUCCCGGUCCCAGCACCGACUUUGUACAGAAACCCCGACACAGGCACACGUGGCUGGACCCCCUUGGCUUCAAACGGUCUCAACUCUCAAGUGCUAACCAUGAUCUCAGUUACCUUCUCUCUGUCACAGGGUGUUCUUCUCUACGGAGAAAAAAAAAAAUGAAAAUAAUAAAAGCUUAAGAUGCCUUCAAACUCAAUAAGCAAACCCAUACUCCGACGAUGUACCGAAAAGUCACCCCACGCACACCCACGCAACGCUUUCCCGUGAGCACAUAAAUAUAUUUUUAUAGGAAAACAAACCUACAGGAGGUCCGCUGUCCCAUGAGCAGCGAGACACGCACACACCAUCAGACAUGACGAGUCCGACGAGAAGGAAGCAGGGUCUUUUCUGUACAGAAGCGACGUCAUGAGCUUCGCACGCAUGCUCAUGAGCCGAUGUGAAUUCUUCGGUGGGUGUGUUCUAUUCGUGUAAAGGCGUCUGCUAUUUUGGAUGUCCCCGUGUUUGUAAGAAAUGUAAAGCACAAGGGCAUGGUGCCGGAAGCCUCAAAUAGUAUUUUUCCCCCCCUAUUUUAUACUCGUGGAGGAGAUGAGCUGAAGAGAGGGACCGAUCAUGAGAAAUGGUGUUUGGCUUUUCUAAGCAUUGAAAAUUUGGCUGCCCGCCAAAACCCUAGUUCUGUUUACAUGCCACUAAGAUAGGGUUCCUGGCACAAGGUGGUGUGGGUUCAAAGGGGCUGGUGUGCACUCUGUGGCAGCCUGGGCAUGGAGGCUCCAGUGGGGCAGCUGUGUGACCCCACUGUGUGUCUUACACACCACGUGAUGAUGUCAUCAGUAGAGAUGACGUGUGCAACUGGCUUACUGGAUUGCUAUUUUUUUUUUUUUUUUUUUUUACUUAGGUUGAUAUUCAUAGCAGAACUUUAUUGAAAUGUGUUUGUGUUGUAGGUGGUGUUGUACUAUGCCUGUGACUACGUAUGGUUUAAAACUAUUUUCAUCAUCCAUGAGACUCAACUUUCCAAAUAAAAGUUUGACUUCAUGAACUCUA